AUGAAUGACAGGCGGGCGAGUGGCGGGGCCGCGUUCCGAUCGUCUGGUCACGCGGCUGGUGGUGCAGCGGGGGUUUGCGCACAACGGUGGCGCCCGUUUCCGCCCGUCCGCCAAGCCGUAUGCGCGGUACCCGAUAAACACGUGUUGGUCCGGAUCGCCGUGACGGUCGUGAUGGGCGGGUACGGGGUGGUGUUGUUGGGAAACACUCCGGGAUAUCCCCCGCGCAGCCGGCAACACACCGGCCGCCGACGUGCACGCCACGCGACCGCAGCGCUGUCAAGCGUGCAAUUCGAACAACCGAUCGACUAUACCGUCGUCGAGCACGCCGCACUCCGAACAUGGUGA